GCACAGACGGCUUCUGUAUCCGCUUUGAAUAAUUUCACUUAAACUAGAGCGUUGAAAAAUAGAAAUUAGAGAACAGUCUACAGGGAGCGAGGGAGAGAGAGAGAGAGAGAUGGAGGCCAGGAAGGUUUGCGUAACAGGAGCAGGAGGUUACAUAGCUUCAUGGUUGGUGAAGCUUCUUCUAUCUGAAGGAUACAAGGUCAACGGAACAGUUCGAGAUCCAAGUAGCGAUGAGAAGAAUGGCCACUUGAAGAAACUCGACAAGGCUUCAGAAAACCUUCAACUCUACAAGGCAGAUGUUCUUCAGUAUGAUGGUUUAUUAUCAGCAAUUCAAGGUUGUGAGGGAGUCUUUCAUGUAGCCAGUCCUGUACCUGAAUUCCAUGGGGUUCUCAUUAAUCCAGAGGCUGAGGUGAUCGCUCCUGCUCUCACUGGAACCAUCAAUGUACUGAAAGCCUGCUCAGAGGCAGGAAUCAAGCGAGUUAUUGUUGUUUCAUCAUGUGUUACUGUCUUUAUGAAUUCAAAGUGGCCCAAGGAUAAGGUCAUGGAUGAGUCUUCUUGGUCAGAACAAGAUUUGAUGAGGAAAAUUGAGCAUUGGUAUGGCCUUUCAAAGACACUAGCAGAAAGAGCUGCAUGGGAGCAUGCAGAGAAGACUGGACUGAACCUGAUUACUGUUUGUCCAUCAAUGGUUUAUGGACCACAAUUGCAGACCACUGUCAAUGCUAGUAGCUUGAUGCUUCUUACUAUUGUGAAAGGAGCAUCAGAACCAAUGAAGAACAAACUGUGGUCCUUUGUAGAUGUAAGAGAUGUGGCUGAUGCUUUGCUUCUAGUAUAUGAGGCUGCAGAGGCUUCAGGAAGAUAUAUUUGUGCUGCUCAUUCUACUUAUCUCCAUGACCUUAUCAGCAAGCUUAAGAGUAUUUAUCCGAACUACAAAUACCAACAGAAUUUCACAGAGCUACAGCCAGAAUGUCGACUUUCUUCAGAUAAAUUAAAGACGCUGGGCUGGAAAACUAGAGCUUUUGAAGAAACGCUUAUUGAUUCUAUUGAAUUCUACCAGCAAGCUGGUCUUCUUGAGAAGUAGCUUUUGCUUCUUACAAUGGAAACGAUAUUAUGAGUGUAAUAAUGUUAGGGAUUAAGGUUUUCGUUGGGACGGCUUUCUUUCUGUUUCUUAAAGUGAUUUUUUUGUUAAAAAAAUUUAAUUCUUGUGCUAAAACGUUGCUUUAAGAAGCAGUAAGAAAGUUGUCCCAAAUGAAAUCUAAAUUAUAUUUAAUUUUGAUACUCUAGAAGUAGCUUUUUCUUUUUACAAUGGAAAAUCACACAGCAAUAGACGAGGAAGAUGGUGAAGAUUAAUCUAAGUGAGUUCAGAUUUAUUUUCUGCA